CUCACGUCUGCCACACACCUCAACAUGGAAACGAAGAAGAGGCACUUUGCUGGUGAUGGAGAGCUAUCGCAGUCCAAGAAGCGGGCAGUCUCUGGUGUGAACGGUCUCCCGGAACCCAAAGGUGCAGACCAGGCUGCGCCUGAAGCUGACAAGAUAGAGCUGUUUCGUAAGGAUGCCAUCUUUCGACGUAUGAGACACUAUUCGCGGGAGAAUGAGAAGAGUCAGAUGCGCAUUGCCCAGCUUGAGCAACGCAAGUCUACGUGCGAAGCAGGGCUCAUGGCUAUGGCGGCCUGCUGGGAACAGUUGGUGAACACCAUCCAUGCGCUCACACCUCAAGAGCAGUUGUCGGUAGAAGAUAUGCAGACGGACGACCUCUUUGAACUAUCCAAGCAUGUCUCUUCUGACUCAAGUCUCAAAGUAGCAUUGGAGAAAAACAUGCUCGCCACGCAGAAGCUUGUCACGAGCUUCAUGAAGAUGGGUCACCAACCGCCCGCAGCCUCACAUCACGCCACACUCAUCCAGAAAUCACAGCGCGAGUGUUCUGCUCUCCGCUCUCAACUAGCUUUGGUACAGACGAAGCUAGAAGGCCUCGAAGACCAGAACCAGAAGUAUCAGGAAGAGCUUACUGCUGCUGAGAUGAGGAUAGACAGACUACAGAGCUCAGUUGUCGCAGAAACGUUGGUUGGGAAGCCUAAGGAGGGGAAAGAAGAGCCUAAAGACGAAAAGGGGAAGUCGCCCCCGCGUCAAGCACACUCGCCACCGGUAGGUCUUAAUGGUUAUGAUCGUGACCCAGAACUCGAGCGAUCUCUCCGUAGCGACAUUGAGCAACGCGAUCAAGAAAUACUGAAGUUGCGGAGUGAGAGGUCAACACUUGCUGAUGAGAAUAUCCGCCUAAAAGUCGAGGCCCAAUCGCCAUCGGAAGAGGCGAUACUACAAUGUCCUGCCGUCAAAUACCUUCAGGAGCGUGUAGCACGCGCUGAGGCGGUGCAUGCGCAAAGUCAUGGCGAACUGCAGAAACAGCGUGACGAACUGGAUAAGCUGAAAGCGUCUCGGGUUGAUUUUGAGGAGACAUUGCGGACGGAAGUGCGGAAGGAAGUGCAAGAGGCGAAAGCCAGCUUUGACAAAGCUCAGGAUGACAUACAACGGCUCCGAGCAGCUCGGGACAGCCUAACGUCAACAGUGCAGUCAUACAAGCACAAAGAAAGCGUGAAGAUGAGGUCCGUGGACGACCUGAAGGCGCUUGUUGAUGCACGUUCGGAGCGUAUCAAGGUGCUUCAGUCGGAGGUGGCACGAUGCAAGGCUCGCAUUGCUGGACAAGAAGGCCAUGCAGACCUGAUGCGGUUCUUCUUCGAAGGCAAGGUCGAAGACGUGGACUAUGUCUCUGAGCUUGAGCGAAAGCUCAAGGACGCUCAAUCGAAGCUCGCUGCGCACGAGGAGACGCUCGCAUCAUUCAACGUGUCCAAUCCCGAUGUCGCGGCACACGCCGUGUCUGAGGCUGCUGCGCGACAGCAGUUGGCUGAUGCCCGGGCCGAGCUGGAUCGCUACCGUUCGAUGAUCGGAGCAGCUGCCUCUAGUGUCUCGCCUAGCUUGCUCGAAGAGAAGGAUGAAGAGCUAAAUAGGCUCAGGUUGAGUAUGGAGGAGCGCGAGCAGGCGGAGAAGACGCUUUAUGCUGAACUGGAUCAGCUCUCAACACAGUGGGAGGGUCUCGAUGCUCGGGUCAAGACCCAGACACAGCAGCUGAAGGGAUGGGAAGAGAGGCUGGCGAAGGCGGUCAAUGAUAAAGGAAGGAUGGAGACGAAAUACUUCGCUAUCCUCAAAGAGAAAGAGGCGGGAGAGGCAGAACGAAAGACCAGUGCACGGCACGGCGAGAAGCAGACGAAGGCAAUUGAGAAAAUGCAGGAAUCGGAGCGUAGCCUAAUCAUGCAAAUCGCCGAAUGCGAGAAGGAGAACACUACGCUGAAGCGAACGCUAGACAAUCAGAAGGAGAUCUUGCAGAGGCUCGAUAUGGAGUGCAAGGCGGCGCAGGGACGCCAGACUACUGACCACGAGCGCAUGCGUUCGAUGCAAGCGGCGAUGAUGGCUGAACUCAACAACGAGCGCCAGAAGUCUGCACAUGCAAAGAAAGUCGAGGCAGACCUUGUCAGCACCCGCAAAGAGCUAGAGGCGGCGCGUGAACGGGAGAACGAACGAGAGAGGGAAGGGAGUAGAGGGAAGGGGCGCGAGAAGGAACGGGGGAUGAGCGACGUUGAGAAGGCCAUGAAAAUCAUCAACUGCUCAAACUGCAAACUCCGACCAAGAGAAGUCGCACUCACAAAGUGCAUGCACACUUUCUGCAAAGAGUGUGUCGACGCACGGAUUUCAACACGUCAGAGACGAUGUCCUCAUUGUAACCUUGGAUUUGCACAGAGCGAUGUUGAGACGGUAUAUUGGCAAUAAGGCAUCUCUUGGACUAUGGGCGGAUGGUUGGAGGAUACUGUAUAUGCGCGUUUUAUGUUGGUUAUGCUCGCAUACAUGCUGCCGUCAGUCGUUUGCGGUUGACUCUCGUUUGCUCUAUGACCACCGCGUGUCUUUUAAUAGCUUAGUCUUAGUAUCUUAUUCUUUUUAUUUGACCUCACCCCUCUCAUACAUUCACUGCACACA